AUACAUGUUCAGGUUUAAUGUCCUAAAUAAGAUUUUAUGUGUGAUCUCUUAAUGUUUAGUUAUUACUGUGAUGUCUGUUCUCCAUUUAGAUGGAACUUUUAUCAAAAUACAGUGAGAAGUCAGACAUUCAGAAAUCAAGAGGCAAAGUCAGUUAUCAGUGGAAAGGGUAACAUCUCAGUGGAUUCAUGUCCUAAGGAGCCUCUGAUAUUCCAAAACUAGAGUUCAUCUUAGCAAAAAUUCAUGAAGUAUCCAUCUUGUUCUAGGUGAUGAAAGAAACCACAGCAUGGAGCUCUGGAACUUCACCUUGGGAAGUGGCUUCAUCUUGGUGGGGAUUCUGAAUGACAGUGGGUCUCCUGAACUGCUCUGUGCUACAAUUACAAUCCUAUACUUGUUGGCCCUGAUCGGCAAUGGCCUACUGCUCCUGGCUAUCACCAUGGAAGCCCGGCUCCACAUGCCCAUGUACCUCCUGCUUGGGCAGCUCUCUCUCAUGGACCUCCUGUUCACAUCUGUUGUCACUCCCAAGGCGCUUGCGGACUUUCUGCGCAGAGAAAACACCAUCUCCUUUGGAGGCUGUGCCCUUCAGAUGUUCCUGGCACUGACAAUGGGUGGUGCCGAGGACCUCCUACUGGCCUUCAUGGCCUAUGACAGGUAUGUGGCCAUUUGUCAUCCUCUGACAUACAUGACCCUCGUGAGCCCAAGAGCCUGCUGGCUCAUGGUGGCCACGUCCUGGAUCCUGGCAUCCCUAAGUGCCCUAAUAUAUACCGUGUAUACCAUGCACUAUCCCUUCUGCAGGGCCCAGGAGAUCAGGCAUCUUCUCUGUGAGAUCCCACCCUUGCUGAAGUUGGCCUGUGCUGAUACCUCCAGAUAUGAGCUCAUGGUAUAUGUGAUGGGUGUGACCUUCCUGAUUCCCUCUCUUGCUGCUAUACUGGCCUCCUAUACACAAAUUCUACUCACUGUGCUCCAUAUGCCAUCAAAUGAGGGGAGGAAGAAAGCCCUUGUCACCUGCUCUUCCCACCUGACUGUGGUUGGGAUGUUCUAUGGAGCUGCCACAUUCAUGUAUGUCUUGCCCAGUUCCUUCCACAGCACCAGACAAGACAACAUCAUCUCUGUUUUCUACACAAUUGUCACUCCAGUCCUGAAUCCCCUCAUCUACAGCCUGAGGAAUAAGGAGGUCAUGGGGGCCUUGAGGAGGGUCCUGGGAAAAUACAUGCUGCCAGCACACUCCACGCUCUAGGGAAGGAUCAUGGCUAGCUUCCAAAAUUCCUUCUCCUGAGAGUCAAAAGAUUCAUGUUAUGAAUCAAACACUAAUGGUAAAACCAAUACAGUGCAGAGUAUAGCAUUUAAUAGAAAAGUGAAGGAAUGUAACUGGAUUUGUCAAAUGCUCUUUAAAUCUCUCCAUGAAGUAAUUUAUAGGGCAUGAUUUACACUAUCUAAAAUUACUCUUCACUCUAUUUAAAAUUUCAUCUUUAUUUUCCCAGGAAGGUAUUUAGUUAAAUGGGUUCCCAUCUUGGGACAUGACCCCUAACCUUCGAAGUUUAUAUUGGAUCAGGGAAAGGAAAAGAACCAGAGAAAGGAAAGUUUCAAGUGGGUGGUGUAAGUAAAACCCAAACACCAAAGGGGGAGAUGUCUUGAGAUUUGCACAAAUUUAGACCAAGUGACCUUAUUAAAAGGUUAUAUAGACUUCCUGUCUAAUGCCCCAACUGGUAGUAGUUUGAUUGUAUUUGCAUUGUACUUGCUCUUUUUUUCCUUUCUAAACAUCAGCCAUAUGAAACGCUCUAACAAGUGUCUUUGCUUGUUUGUUUUUGUUUGUUGGUUUUCGACAUGGAGAUACUUUAUAGUUCCUAAAAUGCAAUUAUUAAUAAAAUGAAGAAAAUAGGAGGUGAAGGUAGUCCAUAAGCAAGGUUCAUGAUAAACAACUUUGCUUAUUUCUUGCUAAUACAAAAACAAACAAGCAAAAUAGUGAUUUUCCAUUAUCCAACGCUAUCUUGUGACAUUCCAACCACUGCAGUGUUCACAUGCGUGGUGGGUGUGGAUAUUUAAGUCAGUGUGUCUGUGUGUUUGUGCUAAAGACGGAGAGGACAACAUAAUGCAUUUUCUCACCAGCUUAAUUAUGCUGCACUACUAUUAGUUUGUUUAUAAGUCUGAGAAUAUUGAAAACAAAAGAUGUGAACAAAAGCUGUGAGUUGCAUUUUGAAGAUUAAAAAUGAUAUAAAAUGAUAUGGCUAAUUAAAUGACACUCUUUUGGGGGAUAUUGCUGUUUGAAGAUUCGCUAACACUUUUUAAAUCAAUUCCUAUAGUAAUUUAAAACAGUAACUGAGACUAGGUUCAGAAAGUAUAGUAGUAGUAUAUCAUGUUUGGAAGGCAAGGCUGAGUAGAGAUAAUUCCUACACGUAUUUAUAUGAAUUUCCUUCCAUUUUAAUACAGGCAUGCAUUUGACUGAGUUGAUGUGUGUGUGUAAAACAGAUUUUUUUAACCUACAAGCAUACAGUUAUUUUUCCUAUAUUAUAUAGUGGCAGUAUACAGCACUGCAAAGAGUCUAGGGUCAGUUAUCAGCGUACAGAAGUUAGAAUUGAAUACACCCCACUUAUUUCUAUAACUUAUAGCAUAUUACUUAACCUGUUUGUGCCCAAGUCUGCAAGUUUGCAAAGUGUAAACUGACAUUAACAAUAAGACCUACUUUGUAGUGUUGUGAGGAUGAAACAAGUUAGUAAAUAUAAAUAUAAAGACAUCUUUAUACUUGUAAUCAGCAUGUGUCAUAUAAUAAGUAUUUAAUAAAUUUAACACCUACAGAAUAAAUGGCCCUGAAAAUACUGUUGAGUGAUGGUAUAAUGUUACAUCAUAUGGGUGUUUUGUAACAUUAUUAGCUAUUUUAUCAUUGUUUUACCUUUAACAUUGUGUGUGUGUGUGUGUGUGUGUGUGUCUGUGUGUGUGUGUGUGUGUGUGUGUGAAAUCAGUAAUGUCAAUCUCUUGGAUGUGUGACUUUUUUUCUAUAGAAAAUUCCUAUGAGUGAAAUUACUCGAACCAAGGUUAAAAAUCUGUUUAAUACUCUUCAUAUGAAAAGACAAAUUGUUUUCUUAAAAUGUUAAAUAUUUUGCAUUCCUUCCAGCAACAUAUAAGUGUACUUAGCCCACUACAUAUUUUUUCAUGUUAAAUUUUACAUAUAAGUAGUCUUCACUAAUUGAUAAGGUAUAAAAUUUGCCUAUUUUAAUUUGCUUAAGUAACUUGUCCACGGUUUUCUUAUUGAUUUGUUGAAGUUUUUUUACAGGUUAGGAACACGGAGACUUUGUUAUAUUUGUGGUAAUAACUUCUUUUCAAUUUGUUAUUUGGCUUCUAAUAUCUGCAUGAUUUUUAGACAGAGAAAUAUUUAAAAUAUUUGUAUAGUGAAGGAUAUCUUUUAUGUUAUUUUUUUCCAGUGAUUUUUACUGUUAGGAUAUAAUUUUCUAUUUUCAUUGAUGUCUUUGCUGUGCAUCAUACAGUUCAAUUUAGGUAACAAUUUAUAUAUUUUAUAUGUUUUGUCACUCACUCUAUAUGUUUAACUUUAACAAUAAAUGUCGAACUUAUCUUUACAUGUGAAAAUGGUGAUGUUUCAACUUUUGUCAAAGCUACCAUUUUCCUAGUAAUAUUUUAAAGUAAUCCUUUCAUUUUCUAUUAUUUUACUACCUUCAUCAGACAUGUUCUAGUAAGCUAUAUUUUGGCUAACUCUUCAGUUCUAGCUUCUUUCUCCCCUUUACUCUUUUGGAAGACAUUUGAUUCUAUCAUUCACAUCUUAAUAGCUCACUUGUAAUUUGAUUGUGAAUAUAUUUAACUGAUAAAUUAAUUUGUAAUUUGAGCAUUUUUUACAAUACUCAGCCUUGCCUUCCUGAACAUGGUGCAUGACUAUACUUCUGGAACCUAGUCUCAGUCAGUUUUAAAAUGACCAUUCCACACCAUCAUUCUAAGCUGAUGCCUUGCCUCAUGCUUCACUAGAACAGAAGCAGUUGGCUACAAAAGCCCUCUUCAAAUCUUCCACAUAUCUGUGCCUGCAUGUACACUUCCUGUUUUCUCUCAUUAUAACUGCUUGAACCCGGGAGGCAGAGACUGCAGUGAGCCGAGAUUGCACCACUGCACUCCAGUCUGGGCAACAGAGUGAGAUUCUGUCUCAAAAUAAAUAAAUAAAUAAAUUAAUUAAUUAAGAAAGUAAGAAGUCUUUGCAUGACUCCAAUCCCCCUCAGUAACUGUAGCAUUAUUUUCAGCUUCUCUUCACAGGAAAAAAAAAAUACAAAGGGAACAUUUAUGCCCAUUUUCUCCUCUGCUGAUCUUCUAUGCACAUCUUAACCCACUUUCAAUCAAGCUCUGGUCUCUUUCUAUGGACCUGUUCUCUGUCAAAAUUAUCAUUAAUGUGCUAAAUAAAAUGUUCACCUCCAUAUUCUCCUCCAUCAACCUUUCAGCAACAUUGAUAUAAUUGACCUCACCCUUCUGUUGGGAAAUUUUUCUUUUUUUGGCUUCCAGACACCACACAACUCUGGCUUGCUUUUUAAUCCCUAACCUUUUUUGCCUUAUUGGAUUCGUUUUUCUUUCUGAAUGUUUCCACAUUCAGAUGAUACAAAUAUGGACUUCCCUGUCUUCUCAAUCAAGAAUCUCUUCCUGAGUAAUUUCAUCCACUUACAUAGAUUUAAGUUCUGUCCAUAUGUUUUUGAGUCCCAAAGACCUCACUACUUGUAUAAUCCACAGACUCAAAAAAUUAGCCGGGUGUGAUGGUGGACACCUGUAAUUCCAGCUACACAGGAGGCUGAGGCAGGAGAAUCGCUUGAACCUGGGAGGAGGAGGUUGCAGUGAGGCAAGAUCAUGCCAUUGCACUCCAGCUUGGGCAACAAGAGCGAAACUCCGUCUCAGAAAACAAACAAACAAACAAACAAACAAAAAACAAUGAGAUACCACGUCUUGCCUGUUAGUAUUAUUUCUGAAAACCAAAAAAGUCAAAGCAAAACAAGUGUUGGUAGGUAUGGGGAGAAAAUGGAACCCGUGUACACAAUUCAUGGGAAUGUAAAAUGGUGCAGCCAUUAUGCAAAACAGUAUGGAGGUCUAAAGAUUCGAACUAUGACUACUGUAUGAUCCAAGAUUCCCACUUCUGACUAUAUAUCCAAAGGUAAUUAAAUCGCUGUUUCCAAGACAUAUUUGCACUCCAUGUUUAUUGCAGCAUGAUUCACAAUAGACAAAAUAUUGGAAACAACCUAAGAGUCUAUCAACAGACCAAUGGAUAAAGAAAAUGUGGUCUAUUUAUACAAUAGAAUAUUAUUUACCCUUAAAAGGGAAGGACACUCUGUCAUUUGCAAUGAAAUAGACCAACCUGGAGGACAUUAUGCUAUGUGGAAUAAGCCCAACACAGAAAUACAAAUGCUGCCUAAUUUUGCUUAAUGUGGAAGCUAGAAAAGAGUCUAACUCAGUAAUAGAGAGUACAGUGGUGUUUGCCAAGGGUUUGGGGUGACUGUGGGAGGAAAUGAAAAAUAUUAGUCAACAGAUACAAACUUUUAUUUUUAAGAUGAAUAAUUUCUGAGGUUCCAACAUAUAGGAUGGUGACUGAAGUUAAUAAAAAUGUGUACUUGAAAUUUGCUGCAGAAGUAGAUGUCACGUGUUCUCACAACACACAUGCACAGAGGGUAUGUAAGGUGAUUGAUAUGUUGCUAUGUUAAUUAGCUUGCAUGUGGUCAUCAUUUCACAGGGUAUACAUAUAUCAAAUCAUCACAUUGUAUACCUUAAAUACAUUCUAGUCAUAUUUGUCAACCAUAUCUCAAUAAAGUUGGAAAAAAAAGAAAACUAUCGGCAAAUUAUACAUAAUAAUAAACAUAAAAAAUCCUUUCAAAACAUUUCUAAAGCUGCUUUGUCCUCAUUACAGAAAUGUAAAAUAUUACCUCUGCUGGAAUAUGAACUACAGCCAGGAUUUGAAUAGCACAAAUUAGAUGAGACGACUUGCAGUGUAGAGCCCUCUAGGCUUUCAGCCUAGGACAGGAAGGAACGCAGAGCAAUGACAGCAAACAGUGAAGCUAUAGGAUAAUAAUUCCUCCUCAGUGACAAGAGGCCCCACCACUGCUUUGGACUCCAGGAAGCACUCAGACAUUAACAUCUGUGAAGUGUGCCCUGCAUGCUAAGAAAAGGGUGAACUGACAGACCCUUCUGUCCAUCAAGUCAUCCACAGCCUAGUUAUUUCUGUCUCUGCUGCUAAUUGUGCCAAAAGUAACCAUAAAAUCUGGAGUCAACUGCUAGAAGUUUUGCAAGAACAAAGGCCAAGGAGAUGCACCUGUGUCUUGGUGAGUAGCCAAAGUUAGCUACAGGGAGCUGAAGCAAGGGACUGAAAAAAUGAGAAGUCUUAGAAAAUGUUCUCCAGUCCUUGAGGAUCUGAAGGCCUAUGUGUGACUGAUGUUUGGUGGAGAAGAAUGGACCUAGCUCUUUCCCCACUCCAACCAACCAAAAUCUUUGUUGAAAGGCAUAUUGUGUAUUGUCACUAAUUCUGGGAAGGCGGGGGCCAUUGGUUUUCAUGAAGUGUGACUAUGAAACAUGAAAAUCACACAAGGCAAUCUUGAUCUAAGGAAUGCUUCUAAGAGAAAAUGAAUACACCUGCCCUAUAGGCCUGCUUCUCUACCAAGCACAUGGAGAUGUCCACUCAUUCUUGCUGGCACCAAAUGGUGAUAUUCAAAAGAGCUGGCAUAAUUUUUUAGAGUUGCUAAGUAUAUAAAGCACUAACUUUAUCAAUUUUGUUAAUUAUACUUCACUUCAUCUCUGUCUUAUCAAUUAG